AAUGACUUUAACCACGAUAAAGAGCGAGGUCGGAGUUAGGGUUUAGGGUUCCGAUGGCAAAAUCAUUCCCCAUCGUGUUGCGAUGAAUAAAAUUUCCUCUACCCAAAUUGAGUCCGUCCGUCUUCGUUUUCAACGGGCUUGGUGUGGCGAGGGUCAGAGAGGAGUUCGCUAAGUUCCUCCAUAGUCGAUUAAUACAAGUCCCUUACUAGCUGAGUAUGUAAAAAGUCUAGGCUUUCUCCACUUGAGCCAACUCUAAGGAGCUUGCCAGGUAAUGCUCAUCUUUACCAUUUUCUUUUAAGCUCUGAAAGAAAGUGAUGGUAAUGCUUUUUCCUUGUUUAACAACUAAUAGAACAUGUUUAAUUUUACAACUUAAAAAUUCAUCCGUAUCUUGUUCUGCUCCUUGUCUAUAAUGUAGGAUUUGUGCUGAAAAUGUGGACUGGUGUAUUGUAAGGACAAACAAAUCUAUAUAAUAUUCGGGAAAAACAUCACAGCUUGACAUGAGGCAAUUACAGGACACCCGUCCACAGCUUGAAGCUAAUGAUUAUGAAACUUAAAUUGGUUGAAUACGUCCAUGUCAGCUCACAACUUAUUAUUCCUUUUGUCAAAUCCCAUCUUUAUGUCUGAUGAGACUAGCAAUGCCUUCUGAAAUUUUUUUAAAUGGAUGUGAGUUGGAAUAAAACCUGCAUGGAUAUAUUGAGUGACCUGUCUCUUUCCAGUAGCAAACCCUUGUGAUGAUGGUGGUGAAUAUCUUUCCUUGAAAUCAUGAUUCAUGCAUAUUCAAUUGGUUCAAUUGAGGUUGCAGAACUGGACUGGGGAAAUGAAGAUCGUAUACGAGCUGUCGGUCCACCAUUUGAUUAUAUUAUUGGCACAGAUGUUGUUUAUGCAGAGCAUCUCUUGGAACGACUAUUGAGGACCAUAUUUGCUUUAUCUGGACCUAGAAUCUCAUUAUUGGUAGGGUAUGAAAUCCGUUCCACCAGUGUCCACGAGCAAAUGCUUCAGAUGUGGAAAAGGCAUUUUGACUUGAAAAUUGUUCCAAGCGCUAAGGUUACUAGUUUUAUGCAUAUGUUUACUUCAGAUGCUUCGGCAUUUGUUUUGUGCACAUGAGUAUAGCACUGUUUUGUCCUUUGGAUUGGAAUCAACACAGAGCUUGAUUGCCUGCGGACGGAUGUUAAGUACCAACAUCCAAGUAUCCAACUUUAUAUAAUGGAGCAGAAGCCUCAGGAUGAAAGCAAGCAAGAUACAGCAUUCGAACCUCAUCAGCAUAUUAAUAAGGUUGAAAAAAGAGAAACAAAGCAGGAGCGGGAUGAAAGUGGUGGAAGUUGUAAAGAGGUUGAUGAAAUGGAUGAUCAUGGGGCUGAAAAGGUGAAGGACAGCAUGGAGCUACAAACAAAAUUCCCAAACGAGAAGCUCAGUGACCGGGAAGGAAAAAGAUAUGGAUCAAUGGCUGUUUGGCUUCUUCAAAAUGUGAAGAUAACCUGAAAUGCUAAGGUCUGCCAUUUAUGAUUCAUCUCCUUCAUCGUUACAUUUCUUACAUGAUUGAGGUUAUUCAUACACGGUUCAUCUAGAUUACAGUGCGGAUUGUCUCCCCCUAGUUUUUCGUUUUCACCUACUAAUUGGCAUGUUUUUUGGGGGCGGGUUUAAUACGUGGCCACCACGUAUCUUUCCGAAGGAAACAUUGUCAUCCCUCGACUUUGAAGGAUCCUCCUAAGGAUUUCUUCUCCAACUAAUAAUGCUUUAUCUGGCGUAUGGAAGGCAAGUUUGGAAAAAUGGUGCCUGCGAAGGACAAUGCUGGUCUGCUGCUUAUUCUAGUCAUCUCUUAAGUCUUAAUACAGGCUGAUUGAUGCUAGAUCAGUUUUUGUUAAUAAAGUAGUAGCUGCUUUGCUUUUGAAUGCAUUGAGGGUUUUUGGAAGUCAUCCUGUAAAGUAUCAAGUUAUUGAGAUUAUACGAACAUAAUUUUGAACUUA